GGUUCACAUUUUGAAUUGAAAGAUUAAGUUACUUUUUAAACAAAAUGCUCGGCAAUAAGAAAUCAAAAUUACUGCAAACCCUUGAGCAGUCCGUUCCACCCACCGACCAAGAGGAUGCCAUACGUCUGAUCGUCGCGGAGAUCCGUAAGCCCUGGAUCGAUCCCAUCGAGCAGAACACCCAUGACGUGGACUCCCAGAAGGAACAUCUGCGUGUUCUUCACAUGGAUCAUGCCAUCAAGUUUCAGGAAACCAUGGAGCACUUCAAUGUCUCACCCACAGCAGAAGAUUUGGAUCAAGUGAUGCCUGUCAAGGAUCAGGCGCUAGAAGAUAUGUUGGACAUCCUCACAGAUAUCGCAGGCGAGGAGGAAUAUGAUGAAGAAGACGAGGAGGGGGAUCAGUAUGAUGGCGAUGAUGAGGGCGAAGAUGAGGAUGAAGAAGAAGAAGAAGAGUCACCAAAUGAUAAAGACAAUAAGAAGACAGAAUUUAAUUUAAAUAAUAUCCUAUAGAGAUGAAACAUUCGUGACGCUAAAGAUAAAUACGUGGAGCAUGAUCGUCAAUUGCAUUAGCUUUAAACUAAAUUGUAAAGUCUCUUGAACAAAAAAUUUCCAUAUGGAAAGCAAUAAAAUUAAACUGCUGCAA